GUUAAUUAAAUAGGUACAUCUCAUAAAAGUUUAGUGAAUUCAAUUUACAAUCCAACUUAUGACCAAGAUACAUUGGGUAAAAAUACCUAAGGUUUAAAUAUAGUGAUUGGAGGUAGGUUCCUUAAGUGGUAAUAACUAUAAGAGUUUAGAAAUAUAUUAUUAUCUAUUUACUCAAAAAUUGCUCAUUAAUAUUCAAAUCAGAUUCUUUAGUGAUAUUAUAUCAUAAUUGUGCAGCUAUUGGAUAGUAAACUUAAGCAAUAGUCUUACAAUCAGAGGUUAUAACAACUACGACCCUUACGGAAAAUAUUUGGUUGGUACAAAGUACAUAUUUAAAAAACAUCAAUCUAAGGCUUACUUAGAAUAACUGAUAAAUGCAAAAUGUUUUUCAUUUGGACUGAACAACAAGAACUAGCAUGUCGAUAAGACAUCAGAAGGAAAUAUAGAAACUGUAUAAUAUGGGGAUUCGCUCUGAUACGGGGUAAAACCAUAAUUGGAUUUUCAGACAUAUUGUAUAAUUUUAAAGUUUUACAGUUUACACGGAUCCGAUACAACAUUCACAAAUUCAUAACUAUGUUUAAAUAAAAAUUAAAAAUAGCAGAUUAGAAUGACAAUAUGUUAUUAAAUAACAGCCUCAUAUAAUGAUAAUAUUUUUGUUGUGGGCACACACUGAGAUAGAUAAGAUAUACUGGAGCGCGGACUCGGCCGUAAAAACGAGCCGUCGUGUUUGACGUUAUCCCCACCACCGAAGGGCAAAACAUUUCAUUUUUACAUCUUAUCUAUCUCAGUGCGGGAACAUGACAUCAGAAUGGGAGAUCAGCAGUUGUUCGAAAAACGAUAAGGACCCGAGAAGCGAUAAUCAAUAAAUCUUACCAACCGUUGAAAGCAAAAAUAUGGGCAUCGUUUUUAACUCUGAGACCUACCAUAGGUGGUGCUGUUAAGCAAAUCGAGAGAUAAUUUUGUUUUGAAUAUAUGUUAUUCAGUGCUUAUCUAACUAUCUUUAUCAUUUUUCGAACAACUACCCUACACACCAUGCCAGAAUCAUGCGUAUCAGAGCUACGACACACUACCUCAUUAUUUCUAUCAUGAAAUUGUAAUAUUGCGAUAAUUACAAAAUUUAAGCUGUGACUGGAGACUGACUGUAUUUAACAUUCGAUAUUACCUUAAUUGAUUCAAUCCAACGAAAAUGGCGAUGAGGGCUGGAACUGCACUAUCAUUUGAAAACCCGACCACACUGAAAAAUUGCAUUAGCUAUUCGAAAUUUGAUAACUAUGGAUGGCAGACAUUAUAUAUAAAUUAUAUGUCAAAUGUUAUGAAAAUAAUUAAUAUUCAUGGUGAUAUACGAGUAAGCCGUUUGUAUUUGCUUAUACAACUUGAUGUAAAAAAAAAUAACUUAGAUGAUACUCUUAAAACACUGGAAAGAGAAGAAAUAUUAAUACAACCGCCAGAAUCAAUACAAUUAACAUAUAACAUAAAAGAAAUUAUAAAAGAUGCCGAUCCCAUUUACUUAGAUCUAGUUGGAGAAUAUUAUGCCUAUGAUAAUGAAAAACUAUACGAAUUCAUUGGUCAAAUUACUACAAAUAAGAAAAUCUAUCCAAGACUUAAGGAGUACAAUGAACGUGUUAAUCAUUUAGCUACUAUAAAAAGUUUAAGAGAUGAUUUCAAAGUUCAAGAGUUUUUAAAGAUGUGCCCUGAUCCAGUUAAUUACUUCACAAAUAUUAAAUUGAAUUCAAUUAAUACACAUUACAAUGAAUCACUGUCUUAUUUAAGUAACAGGUUCGAUCUUCUUCCAUUGGACAAGUUACGUGAUGAACUGCCUAAACAUGGUUUUAAUUUAUCAAAAACUGUGGACUCUUUGGUAGCUGAUCCUAAACCUUUUUAUUUAAAAAAGAAAAGAAAAUGGUUUGGUAGUCGUCAUCAGAUUAAUUAUAAGACAACAGAAAAUAUUGAAUUUUUAAAAGAAAUUGCAUACCUCGAUCAUAAAGAUGAAAUUCUGAAUUAUAUAGAGUCUGUAAAAACUGAACAUAGAAUUCAAGUGGAACAAGCUAAGUGUAUUGGCAAUCUAAACGCUUGUGAAUGCUGUCUCGAUAAUGAACUAUUAACUACUGAAGUGUUUUCAUGUCCAGCUGGACAUACAUUUUGUUCUUCUUGUAUAAAAAAAGGUACAGAAGUUGCAGUUGGUGGAGGUAAGGUGGAUAUUAAGUGCUUUGCUAAUUGUGAUGAAGAAUUCAAUCUAACAAUGAUAAAAAGUAUUGUUGAUGACAAACUAUAUCAACGUAUUAUGAGUUUGAAGCAAGCACAAGAAAUUAAAGCAGCUGGCAUUGAAGGACUUGAAACUUGUGCAUUUUGUGAUUAUUCUGUUAUUUUAUCCCCCGAUCUCAAGAUUAUUAACUGUUUGAAUCCUGAAUGCAAAAAAGAAACUUGCAGGAAAUGUCGAGAAGAAAGUCAUUUGCCAUACAGAUGUGAUCAAAUAGAAAGAGCACCAGAAGUAGAAGUCAGAACUAUGAUUGAAAACAAAAUGACUGAAGUACUCAUAAGAAUUUGUUAUUAUUGUAAACGUAAGUUUGUCAAGGGAGAUGGAUGCAACAAAAUGACUUGCAGUUGUGGUAAACAAAUGUGUUACAUAUGUAGACAGCCAGUUGAUUCUAAAAAUUAUGCUCAUUUUUACAACGAGAAAGUGAUAAAAAAUAGGUGCCCAAUGUUCACGGAUGAAAAUAUUGUACAUGCUACUGCUGUAGAAGCAGCUGCUAGAUUGAUAAUCAAUGAACUGAAAAUUACGAAACCAGAAUUGUUGAGGAAUAUUGAUAUCAACAAGAUUUUGCCGGCAUUAAAAAAUCCAAAUAAGAUUCCAACUACUCAGCAAUCUGCUUUAGCUAUAAAUAAACUAGUCGCUACAAUUAUUGGUGAAAACGUUGAAGAUAUUAAUAAUCUCAAAGAUAUGAGAUCAUUGGGACCGCAAGUUAAAAAACCUAAGCAUUGAAUUGCCUUACCAUCAGCAGAUUUGUUAAUAUUGCAAAUGUUUAUAAAUGUGACUAGUUAUAAAGUACAAUUUUCAGACCAGUGUUCUUAAUUUUUAUUUGCAUACUUUCAAGUUGAUAUUUUUUAAUUAAAUCUUGGCCAUUCUUUAUUAUAUUAUAUAAUUUAAAGAAUUAAUAUUUAUAUAUAAUUUAAUCAAAUUGAAAUUGGAUAUGUCAUCAGAAUAAAAAUUAUCUUACAUUUCCAAAUUAUUUUUUAUUAUUAUUUUUUUCCACUUUUAGCUUUAUUUUAGAUUUAAAAAAGUUUAUUCUAAUCAUUAAGUUAUAACCAAAACAGUAUCACUUGAAUAAUGUAUUACAUACAAGUUGAUAUAUGACGGUCAAUUGAUUUAUGUUAAAAUCAUGAAGAAUCUUUUAGACUUGAAGCGAUUUAAGUGAAUAAUAAUUUAAUUCAGACUGUAUCGGUGUAGGUGAUAAAUUAUUUACAUUGUCAAAGUAAAAAAUUACAGUCAUCAAAAAUUAAAAAUAAAUCAAAUGCAACCAAUUUGAUUGUUUUUUUAGGACUACCAUCUUGUAAAUAUUCCUUUGCGCCUACAAUAAAACUAUUUAACUAUACUAUUACUCAUCUAAGUAAAGUUUUUAAAAUAAUUGUUUACUAUUAGCCAUAAAUUAUUAGUAAAGGUUGUAAAUGUUUUACUGAAUCUUAUAAAUUACAUUCUUUAACAAUAUUUAAAAAAUUAAUUUGUUAUGUCAUUGUGUAUUAAUUUAAUACUUG